AUGAAGACAACAAUAGCAUUUAUUGCUUUACUCAUCGUGUCCAGUUCGAGAGCCGACCAAACUUAUCCAGGCACCUCUACUAGACCAAUUUUAAACUCAGCCGAAGCUUCAGAUUAUACAAAAACCUCGUAUCUUCAAGGUUGGCUUCCUGAAACCAUAUCGACAACAGCUGCUGAUUUUACAGUAGGAGGCAGUGGAGGUUUCAGCACCAUCCAGGAAGCGGUGAAUGCAGCAAUCAAUACCAAAUCCAGCAAUAGACAAUAUAUUAAAAUCAAUACAGGCAAAUACAGUCAAGUUGUCUAUAUUCCAAACACUGACGUGCCAUUGACUAUUUAUGGAACUUCCGAUGUAGUCAUAAGUCUUAGUGUAUCAGCACUUUUAACCGGAACUGAAUAUCAAACUCUUGUAGGAGGUUUAUUUGCUCCAGGCGAUCCUGCCUAUGAAACUUAUGUGAAAUGCGCUAUCAGAACGGCUAUUGGAACUACUUGUUCCAGUGUAUUUUGGGUUAAAGCAGCGAAUGUGGAACUUAUCAAUUUAACCAUUGAAAACUCAUCGAAAAACGUUGGCACCGAUCAAGCGGUUGCGCUUAACAUUAAUGCAGAUAAAGUGCAAGUUAGUAAUUCUAGAUUGUUGGGACAUCAAGAUACCUUGUAUGCUGGAUCAGGUAAAUCGAAAACUUUGAGAAAUUAUUUCUUCAACACGUAUGUGGAAGGCGACGUUGAUUUCGUUUUUGGUCACGCUUCGGCAGUAUUCGAACAGUGCACAUUUCACGUUAAAGAUGACCGUAGAAAUUAUUCAGGAAUUGUGUUCGCUCCUAGUACCAAUCCAAAUAAUCAGUAUGGGUAUUUGGUUGUUGGCGGUACUAUCACUGGAGAUGGUUCGUGGUUCAGGUCGCAAAACGUUUAUUUGGCCAGAAGCUGGGAUGCUGGAGUGAAGUCGGAAGCUAAUUACAUAGCUGGCACAUCACCAAACGGACAACUUGUUAUCAGAGACACGAAAAUAGAUGCAGUUGUUAUUAAUCUUGCACCGUAUAAUAAAGCUGCUACAAGUGGUAGGAAGUUUGCUGGAAAUAAUAAUACUAAUAGGAAUUUGAGUGAUAAUAAUUUUAAUAGGUUUUGGGAAUUUAAUAACAGUGGCAGUGGAGCUUGAUUUAAUUAA